AUGUAUAUUUUGCAGAAUCAAACCAUGACAUUUAAUCAGAGAUUUCGCUUAAAUCUGAUCCAAGAGGCUAAGACAGAGCUAGACUUUCUUGCUUUGGUAGAUGAUUUUCCCAGUUUGUAUGCGGGUCCUGUUCUCAAAAAUGCUAUCAGGAGAUAUGAAAUGUUCUGGCUCCCACUGGCAGCCAGAGAGGGUAGCUCCAGUAGACUUCUUGCAGCGCCAUUAGACAUUGCUUGGGUGUGGUAUCUUCACAUGUUGUCACCACAGGAUUAUGAACAGGACUGCAUGAACAUUGUCUCUCAAGUUGUUGACCACUUGCCUAUGAACAGAUAUCAAAGAGAACGAGGUCUUCAAAACGCUCGAUACUUGUGGGAGAAUGCAUAUUCUAAAGAAUGGUUUGAAGUCGACUUAAACUAUCCUACGCCGUUUAAAAUGCUGUACAGACUGAAAAUUCGUUAUGACAUCGAAAAAGCAUCUUACAACCAAUCCAAGUUCUAUUAUCAAGUAUCGCUCCCACACUUUAGCGAUAGCAAGUUUCUGGAAAGCGCUGUUGAGCGAUACGAACAUCAUUUGCAUCUCAAGAGCCAAAAUCCACAAGUUCCUAUGGUCCCGUGCACCGAUAUAGACUUGAUUUGGCACGCACACCUUCAUCACCCGUUGAACUACAAGGAAGUAACUUCAGAAAUAUUCGGGUCAGUAGUCUGUCCUGGAAUCUAUGACUCAAGUCUCAGCCUUGGACUAACUUUGGACGAUUCUGAGACUGGUACGAGGGCUGUAUCUUCUGCAGCGGGUUUCAAGUAUGACAAACCAGGAACCGUGUACAGAGGUGAACCACCUCAACCUCGACCUUCACGACAAAAUGGGCUUUACUUCUCCUUGGGAAGGCUCCGCUAUGUCAUGAGAAUAUUGCAAGUAGAGCUGGUAAAUGUGGAUGUGAGCAAAAAGUUUGCUGUCCGAAUUUAUGAUCCUAUGGGCGGUCUGAUAGUGGAUGCAACGAUUCAAGGUGGAAUCCGUCUUAAUUUAAUGUCCCAGUGUAUCAUUGACAACGAAAACCGUCACACGCUCUCGGUAUCUUUACACCAGAAAUCACUACUUGGUUUCGAAAGGUCCAUUGGUUCAUCUGGGUUGAAUUUGCUGUCCUUUAUGGAUGCAUAUACAUAUGGUGGAGUACCUCAACAGCCUUGGGUGAUAGAUGUUCCCUUUGCGGCUGCACAAGCUAUCGUGAGGCUGUCAGCCAUGUUGGACCCUCCGUCCAUCGAAGGUUAUCGAUUCACAGUUCAGCCAGAUCCUUACUUCGCAAACGUUAACCAUCCUUGUUUUGUACUCAGUUUUGCACAGUCGAUGUUCUUACCCAAAGACUUUGCAAAAACGUACCUGCCCUGCGAAUGUGCAACUCACACUUUGUUGGACUGCAGAGGGCGGGAGGCUUUCAAGUGUCGUGUUGUCCACAGUAUUGAAAGUUUGCUAUCGGCGGUGGAGAUCAUCAGUGUUCACGGUGUUGUUGUUGCAUCUGCUCACACAAUGGAUCUCAACGCUCUUCCCGAAAAAGCAGCGAUUGAAGAUUACACGAGAUGCGCUUAUUUAAACCGCGUGGAGGGCGAGCGAGCGAUGGUUAUCAAAGGUCAAAAGGACUGGGGCAUCUGCAUUGGGAAAUGGCAGAGAGGAAAAAUGUUCAAUCGUGCAGCAGGCCAAGUGGAAAUCAAAUUUUUCAAGCUCAACGGGCUGAGAGGCUGGUGUGAAGUACGCAAAUUCAAGGGUGGCCUUUACUUGCUCUACCUAGAGCCAGCUGUCUUUGUUUACGUGGACUUGAAGAGAGGAUUGUUUGUGUUUUCUCCAUCGGCACAGGAUGUUCCAGAAAUGGUUGCUUUUGCUUUCUCGAUGUCCAUUCUCUAUUUGCUCUGCAAGCCUUACAAUCCGACAGCGGCGAACGUUUCGUCACCAUCCUUUCACAAGAAAGCCAGAAAAGAUAAGGUGACCACUAUGCUUCUUGCUGCUGGAUACAAAAGCUCUGUAGUUCCAACUAACAUCUAUCUUUCAAGAAGUAUUCAGGGCUCUUCAGCAACACGUCGAUCCCUGGAAGGUGCGGGAACCUACGAUCUUGAUUCAGAAUCUGGUCCUGAUUGGAUUAGAGAACUCAUGAAGAAAAAACCGGGAGCAUUAUUGUGGUAUAAUAUGAGCGGCGUGCCCUACGAACUUCCGACCAAAAAGGAACGUAGCUCGAGAGGAAGUUCCUUUUUUGGGUCAGGAGGGGGAGGAGGAGGUGACGGCGGAGGAGGAGGGGGAGGUGACGGCGGAGGCGGAUGUUAA